CCUAUUUUCCAGCAUGCAUGGCAGACCUCGUGUCCUAAAGAAUCCUCUCCUUUUCUCUUUGGAAGUGUUGGCGGCAGCUAAACAUUGCCGUGACAUCCUUUCCUCUCCUCUUUCCUUCUUUUCUUUCUUUCUCUCUUUCACUUUCUUGUCCUUGAUCACAUCGAUUCUUCAUCCUAGAACAAUCCUUCACCAUGUCCUUCACAGACCUGGAACGCGGCCUCACCACCCCUCCCCUCUCGCCCAACCAUCGCGACGAGGGCAGCACGAAACGCCAUCUUGGGCCAAUCAUCACCGCGACCGCCACAAUGACCUUGACCACCUCGGACAGAAAGUCGCCCUAUUCACCAGUGUCGCCACCAAUCAAACUCCCGAGUGGGAUGCAGGUCGCCCGAGGCAAUAGCCGAGACAGCAUUGGGCUCGACCACAAACCGGCUUUGCAGAAACACUCACACGCCCACGCCCAUGCGCCCUACCCGCCCCCAGUCUCUCCCAAGCGCAAGUCGAACAACUCCAUGGCCCAACACUCGCGUUUCCUCGAUGAUAACACGAGAUUCGACACACCCAGGCCGACGCUUACUCCCUCAGAUGUCGUAAUAGCAUCCGAUAUCACAGGAGUCGUAAAACCUCGGUCACCACAAGCUGUGCCUACAGCAGCACCCGCCACUCAGCAGGGCAGCAGCAGUGGGAGUAACCGCAUCUUGGGGGAACGUCGUCCAGGAGACCAGGAGAGACGCCAGGUUCUAUCCCCACCCACCAGUCCUCGUCACCUCUCCCCUCCAACGAGUCCAAUGCAAAACCAGUACCGAGGGUUUAGUAGGGUGGAUAAUCAAGGACCACCUGAUUCAGGGGCAGCUCAGAGACCCAAGACCAACAGCAACAGUACUCACGACACGGUCAUCGACGUAACCUCUGCUAUAUCAGGAUCACCGUCCAUUACGGUGGCAUUCUCUCCCUCCGCAUAUGUACCAGUUACUGCAGUACCGGUUUCGACAUCAAUUCAGGAUCAGGAACACGACUAUGACUUGAUGGUACGCCAUGUCUCCCAGCAAAUUUUCAAUAUCUCGUCCAACAUUGCAGUGCUGGAGCGUUUAGUUCCAUGUCUGGGUCAGCGCCAUAAGGACACGGCCGAGAUGCGGGCUAGUUUGCACGCCGUCCUGGAUGGCACACAAGACUUGGUCAAGUCUGCUCAUGGAUUGAUCAAAGUUCUGGCCAAGUACCACCAGCCAACCUCUGGGAGUCCACGCUCCGAAAUUAGUAUUCGCGUCCAACCGAUACAAUCUAUGAGCGAGAUGUCUUCCUGGGAGCGCAAGGUCAUGGCAAGUCGGCGACAAACCCACCAGAGGCUGACCAAGGAUCUGGCCCUGGUCAGCAAGGCAUUCCAGGAACUACAGCGCCAGACUGUCGAGGCUGAAAGGCGGCAGGUUGCAACAUUGAGACGUCUAUCCUCGAGUGCAUCCCUCAGACGACUGAGCCAGCACCGCUCUGAUCUAAUGGAUUUGUCGCAGGAGGAGAUUGAGGCCGGAGCGUUGAACUUGUUGAACGGUAAACCUAUCGCAAGUGGUAAAAGCAGCUCAGACCUCGGUGUCUUCCAUGAUCGUGAGCUUUCUACGCAAGAAGAAGCCCUCCUCCGCGAGAUUCUGGCUGUGGAUGGCGAGUUGGUUUUCCAGGAGAGUAUACUUCAGGAACGCGAGUCCGAGAUCCGGAAAGUGGAGGAGGGUAUGGGUCAGGUUUUGGAUGUGAUGAGGGAGCUUGGCACGCUGGUUCAUGAACAACGAAGCGGUGUCGAUUUCUUGCACGACAAUAUUUUGCAGACCCGAGGACGGAUCCAAUUGGCACAGCAGGAAGUCCUCAAGGCGAGCGAACAUCAGCGUCAGUCAAGAGAGAAACUGUGUUACUUGAUAAUGAUUGCGAGCAUUGUCGGAGCCUUAGUCAUGCUUGCUUUUGUCAGUACAUGAGGCGUCAUUAAACUGAGUAUUUCAGACCUCCCUUGCUCGAUUCUCAAAUAACAAUAAACCCUCCUUUGCCUCCCACC